CAGGGCUUUUAUUCAUGCAGACUAUGAAUUGGCAGUCUGAAUAACUUUAACAGGCGUGUAUCGACCUGAUAUUGUGUCGUGCACUUAAAUAAAUCGAAACAACUUCCUGGGGUUAGUAUUAACAAAAAGCAGUGGACACUAAAUGCCCAUUUACAACUUAAAAAUGUCUUACAGGUCUAAAUAUUCAGACGGUACCUCACGUUCAACUCAAGCGGUGGUUGACUUCACCUCUCCCGGUUUAGCGGUGAUGGAGGCUGAACGUCUUCUGGUCUCUGGAAGAGCCGUCAACACUAACGCGGAUGAAGUCUGGCCCAGUCUGUACAUCGGCAACAUGGAUAUAGCUGAAAACUGUGCAGAGAUGAGAAGGCGUCGCUUCACUCAUGUCCUGAACUGCGCCCACAGCUCCAGACGUGGCGGCGAGAUCUAUGAUGGCAUGGGCAUCACAUACAUGGGCAUAGAUGCACACGAUUCCCCCACGUAUGACAUGAGUGCCAACUUUAACAGAGCUGCUGAAUUUAUACAUACAGCGCUGAAAGGGGGAGGCAAAAUCCUGGUUCACUGUCAUGUUGGAGUGAGUCGAUCAGCCACUAUAGUUUUGGCAUAUCUGAUGCUGAAACACAACAUGACGCUGGUGGAGGCGAUCCAGAAGGUAAAAGAGGGAAGAGGCGUCUUUCCCAACCGAGGCUUCCUCAGACAACUCAUUGACCUUCAUAUUAAAUUAUAUGGCUACAGAAACUAGACACACAACAGCCAUGAGAGACAAUGAAAAUUGAGCGGACAGGAGAAAUAUGGAUCAAUGUGGAUUUUAAUAUUUUUGGA